AUGACAGCCGGUUCCAAGGGAACUAGCCAGAAGCUGCAGGGGCUCAAGCAGAUGGAGCUGAGAUUUGGGGAGCUUGUUGGGCCAUCUGGUCCUUACUACCGCCACUCCGUGGGGGACAUCUCCCUCCCCAUCACCCCGAAGACCAUAACCCCCCUGAGCUUCCCUGGCCAGAUAGGAAAUGCAGGCUUCAGGAAGACAGGAGCUGUGGACUCUGGGAGAAUCUUAGGUGGCGACCAGGAAGGGCUGGCGACGGCGCUGCAGCAGGAGGCGCGCAUCCGCGCGGACCAGGACACCAUCCGCGAGCUCACCGGCAAGCUGGGCCGCUGCGAGAGCGGCCUGCCGCGCGGCCUCCAGGACGCCGGGCCCCGCCGAGACGCCAUGGCCGACGGGCCCUGGGACUCGCCCGCGCUCAUCCUAGAGCUGGAGGACGCCGUGCGCGCCCUCCGGGACCGCAUCGACCGCAUCGAGCAGGAGCUCCCAGCCCGUGUGAACUUCUCAGCUGCCCCUGCCCCUGCCCCUGUGGUGCCCACCGCCCUGCAUUCCAAGAUGGAUGAGCUGGAGGGGCAACUGCUGGCCAAGGUGCUGGCACUGGAGAAGGAGCGUGUGGCCCUCAGUCACAGCAGCCACCAGCAGCGGCAGGAGGUGGAGAAGGAGCUGGAUGCCCUGCAGGGCCGCAUAGCCGAACUGGAGCACGGGUCCUCGGCCUACAGCCCCCCUGAUGCCUUCAAGAUCAGCAUCCCCAUCCGCAACAACUACAUGUAUGCCCGCGUGCGGAAGGCUCUGCCUGAGCUCUACGCCUUCACCAUCUGCAUGUGGCUGCGGUCCAGGUCGGGGGGCACUGGCCAGGGCACCCCCUUCUCCUACUCAGUGCCAGGACAGGCCAAUGAGAUUGUGCUGCUGGAGGCGGGCCACGACCCCAUGGAGCUGCUGAUCAACGACAAGGUGGCCCAGCUGCCCCUGAGCCUGAAGGACAAUGGCUGGCACCAUAUCUGCAUCGCUUGGACCACAAGGGAUGGCCUGUGGUCUGCCUACCAGGAUGGGGAGCUGCGAGGCUCCGGGGAGAACCUAGCCGCCUGGCACCCCAUCAAGCCUCAUGGAAUCCUUAUCCUGGGCCAGGAGCAGGAUACCCUGGGUGGCCGGUUUGAUGCCACCCAGGCCUUCGUGGGUGACAUCGCCCAGUUUAACCUGUGGGACCAUGCUCUAACACCUGCCCAGGUCCUGGGCAUUGCCAACUGUACUGGGCUGCUGCUGGGCAACGUCCUCCCCUGGGAAGACAAGCUGGUGGAGGCCUUUGGGGGUGCAACGAAGGCUGCCUUUGAUGUCUGCAAGGGGAGGGCUAAGGCAUGAGGGCCCCUCCCUUGCCUGCCAAUUUUGGGACCUUAUGGGAGGCUGGACAUAUGCCCUCCUCAGCUUACCUACACACUGGCCUCCCCUCCUGCCCCACUCCUGGCCAUGCCUCUCAUUUCCCCCACCUAUACCCACACUCCCAGAAUGUUCUGCCCUGUGAUGGCUGUCCCUUGAUCUAAUUUUGAUGGGGACAAGCAGCUCAAAUCAACAGGUCAAGCCUAGGGUGAGUCCAAGGCCUGGCGGGGGUGGGUACCAGAGCCUGUGGCUCUGCCCACCCUCCUGGCAUUAUGCCAGAGCCAUCUCUUACCCACACUACACCCUGUUCCAUCAACCACAUCUGAUUCCACUGAUCUCAGUGGCAUCCGCCAUGGGGGUGUGUAUGGGCGAAGGCCCACUGUCUCAGUGGCAGGGGUGGCCAUUCACCCCUUGUCCCCCAUGCAACAGGCUUGGCUCCUUCCCCUCAGGGCCACAACAGGCUAUAGAGCUCUACCCGCAGUUGAGAAGGGGAUGACAGAGACAGAGGAGACUCAGACUCACCCCUCCUCCAUCUUUCCACCAGCUGACAGUCAAGGGCAGCAGAAUCCUGAUGGAGCCUCUCCCCCACAGCCCCGCCCCACCCGCACCCACACCCACACCCUCUCUCUUCCUCCUCUUUUCGCGUUUCUUUGUGUGAAGUGGGUUGACUGUUGGUUCUGUGCCUGUCCCAGCCCCAUCUCCAUUUCCAGGCCAUUCCCUUCCUUCCCAGCUCUGGCCUGGAGGGUUAGGGACCAAGACCCCAGGAGGCCAAAGGGCCAUAGUAACCCCUUGUACCCAUCCACAGCUGUGCCCACUGUUAGCAUAGUCGCCUCUGUGGCCAAGACAGGGCCUGGGCCUCUUCAGCUGAGCUAGGAGCAUCAUGAGGCAGAGACACUGUGCCCUAGGAGACCCAGACUCUGGCAAAGCCACAUUACCUAGCCCCUCUGCAUGGCCCUGCAGCCUCUGUGGAGGGAAGGAAGGAAGAAGCCCAGUGAGCAGGGAGAAGCAUGGAGUGGUACACAGCACUGCUGGACGAGAAGCAGGAGCCCUUGGUUCCUAGCUAGAUCUGCCGUGUGGCCUUCUAUAAGUCCCUGCCCUCUCUCUGGGCUGGCCUCUCUCAUUUGUGAGCUGAGGCCCUUGCUUUGGUUGUUUCUGAGCUCUCCAGAUCAAACGCGAGAUGGUCUGUGAUUUCAGGUGGAUAGGGUAGGGCAAGCCGGAGAACUUUCCUGGUUGAACAAGGAGCCUGGGACUGGGCAGCAGAUGGGAUCUGGCUAGGCAUGGGCCAGGGUCAGCAGCUGGCUCCAGAGAGUCAAAGGCAAGGGCAAAGGGCAAGGCAGCCCAACCUCAUGUGCAGGUUGUAAAAGUCAGCUCUUCUGGAUCCCCCUGCCUGGCACCCUUGCCUGUCUGAGAGUGUCUCAAAGGCUGGUGGCUUCCUGGUCCCCACGCUUGAGUCCUCACCAGCUUCUCUAAGAGAGUGGAAGAAUAUCAGAGCUGAGAAAGCCACACAGUCUGACCCCUUACUUGUACAGCUAGGGAAGAGCACAGAGAGGGCGAGUAACUUGCACAGGAUCACACAGCACAAUGGGACAGAGCCAGGACUAAAACCCAAGACUCUGACGCCCCCUUCAGUGCUCUUUUCCCUCACACCAUCCUGCCUGCUUUUGAGGGUCUUUGAGUCCAGCCCGCACCUAGAGGAUGGACAUUCGAGAGGUCAGAAUGCUUUCCAACAUGACCACUGGAACAUCCUCCUUUAUGAAACACACAUUUUGGCAUCUCUGUCUCCUGGGAGGUGUGAUUCCCCAGGCACACUGGCAGGAAUGGAACGCUGAGAAUACAGGUGUCCCUCCCCUGCCAAUCACCUACCAGGUGUCCAGGCAGCUGCAGGCUACCGAACUCAGUGGGCACGGGUGCCUUUUGCCCGCCUUUGUGUUUCCUGCCUCCACCCCCCAGGCCAUUUAAUCUGUGGCAUGGCGUGAGUGCUGGGCCCAGUGCCCUGGAGGCUCCUCUGAGACUGCCACCUCCAGCCAUGAGAUCCUCAUUUCCAUUUCAAGAGCACAAGGAGACUUUUCAGCACCUCCGGCCCAGCUCCCCCUAGAAGAACCUAGAAGAAGGAGCGAUGGCGUGCUUCCACCAGAACCUGCUGAGAUCUAGGUUGCCCUGGUAACAGCCAAUGACAUCAGCCCAAGUGCUGGGUCAAGCAUCUCAUAGUGACAUAUGCUGUUGCUGAGGUGAUGGCAGAAUUUGGAACUUAGAUUUCGGGGACACUGGACACUGAGCUUUAUUGGGUUUCUAUUUUGGGUUUUAAGGAAGCAGCUUUUGUGGAGGCCUUGGGGGAAAGAAUGAGUCUUAGGAGAGAGGUGACAGGACUUGCUGGAUUGCUUGAGCCUACUCAGAGGCAUCAUCUCAAACCCUUUACACUUUGUUAUGGUGAUGAUAAGACUCCUGACGUCUGUGCUGAGUGACCCUGGUCAGCCUUCCAGAGGGAACAGGAACGAAUGGAGAUGUUGGGGUGCAGACUCUUGAGUCUGGACCAUUGGUGAGUGGUCUGGAUCCCCAUUUCCAGUCCAGGAAAAGCCCCAAAGUCCCCACCUCUCCUUCAUACAUUUGCCGAGUGCCUGCCGUUCGGACUCCAGCUUUGAUCAUCAGCUGCUCCCAGGCACAGCCGAGAAGACAUGGAGGAGGAUCUAGAAACGGUGCUCGAUUGUGUCCCCGAGCUGCUCUUGUCUGAUAGUGACGCUGGAGCCUGUGUUCGUUACAACCUUUUUAAGUGUCAGGCACUGUGCUGAGCACCUCAUGACGUCAUCUUGUUUAUCCUUGCAACACAGUUAGAAGCUAGGACUAUUCUUAGCCCCAUCGUACAUAUACAUAAAGAAACUAGGGCACAGAGAGGUUAAGUAACCUGCCCUGUGUCAAUCAGCCAUCAAGUGAUGGAGCCCAGAGUUCAAACCGAGGAAGAUUACAUUGAGGGCCCACCCCUCAGCCCAAGGGGACAGUCACCCCCACGUUGUGGAGUGGGAUUUGGGCAUCUUCGGUCCUAACGUUUGGGCCUGAAGGAAUGUGUCUGACCCCAUUCACCACCCACAGAACAGGAGGCAUGAGAUGGGCCAUCCGCAGGCGAAGGGUCCCCUUGGGCAAGGCUGUGGGAGGGGUCUCAGUCUCGUCAGGGAAAGCUUCCCUCUGCAGUGCACCCACUGCUUCAGCCCGUCUCUACUGGCUGGAGUUUCCAGAAGGGCUGAAACAGAAGGUGGACUGUGUCCCAAGAGCCCCAGGCAGGGGAGGGAAGGACAUAUUUCUCAGACUCCUGCUUUGGGCCAAGCCCUGUGCGGGUGCUUCACAGCUCUUCUCUGCCGAUUCCCCACCUUUGUGACAUGUUUUGCCCCCAGUCAACCUCCCAACGGGACAGAUCACCUUGCCACAAUGGUGCAUGACCCCGGACCACAGAUUUAUACAGAAGGGCUCGUAGCGGGGGUCAGAGCCCUCAUUAUACAGAGAAGAUGCCAGGGCCCACGGAACCACCUAGCCAGGUCACCAGGAGACCCGCACCCAGCUUUCUGACUCUGUGUCCAGUGCUCUCUCCACGAUGCAGUGGCCCCGCCCUCUCCAGAACUGGGUCCCUUUUCUGUUUCCCUGAACCAGUGGCCCGAACCAGGAGAUGGGAUCAUUUCUUCACCCUCUUUGUCCCGGUCGCCUGCAGGCCCAAACCCCACCUCCUCCAUGACCCCUGACCUCUGAUCCUGCUGGGUGGAGAUGGGGCUCACGUGGGCCCAGGCUGAGCAGUGAGUGAGCAUGUCGGGCAGUUGGACACUGUGAAGUGGGUACACCCUACUGGCAACUCUGCCUUCCCUCCUCCUGGCCUGAUUUUGUACAUAAAGUGACAUGAGAUGCAGUGUGUGUGUGUGUGUGUGUGUGUAUGUGUGUAUGUGUGUGUGUGUGUGAGUGUGUGUGUUCUCUGAUGGAUUUUGUUACUUUUUGUUUUUGUAAACUUGAAUGUCCAAAAUAAACAUGAUGUUUACUCUGAG